AUGCCAGAUAAUCGCUCUCGAGUUGUGAAAAGAGUGCAAUAUUCCUGUGAUAAUUGCCGAAGAAAGAAAAUUCGCUGCCCAGGAGAGAAACCUGCGUGCUCUACAUGUACGAGACUUCAUCAAACUUGUCGUUACAAUGAUGCUGGGGUUAUAUCGACACGUUCAUCGGAGCGUCUGGCGCAACUGGAGGAGAAGAUGCAAUUAAUGCUUGAGAAAUCGGCAAGUCAGUCGAAUUCAGAUCAUACAUAUACGUCGGAUCAGCCUGAAACUAGGCCCGACUUACUACCUUCUUCUCAUCCCCAACAUAUAUUGCCUAGAAACCAGGAAUCACAGUCGAUGGAAGUGUCUUCAUCCUCUGAGUCAGAGCCUCUGCCACCUCGAAAUGUGAUAUUGGAAAUAGUUGAACUAUAUUUCCGGUUCUGUCAUCGUCAACCUCUGUGGUUAUUUGAGCGUGAAGAGCUCUCCUCUCCUGAAGACAUAGCUGAAGAGUUGGUCUUCUCUUUGUUGGCACUCACAGUACGAUUUUCUACGACAACCUAUUUUGCAAGUCGUUCACACCAACAACUCGCUCAGAGAUACGGAGAAGUCGCUCGAGGACUUACCAUGUUUCGGAUUGCUCAGGGCGCGGUACAAAUGUCCACUAUACAAAGCCUAUGCUUGUUGGCCUUUGCGAACUUUACCACAAUGGAAACUCAUUUAGCAUGGUUUCAUAUCUAUAUGGCAACAUCACUAGCGAACAUGGCCGACAUGAACAUCGAGACGCACAAGGAGUCUUCCAGCUCAUCAGAGGAAUCACGAAGAAGAUUGUUCUACAGUAUAUACAUCCUCAACCAGACUUAUGCCCCGCGGUCCAUGCUACUCAACAUGCUCGAUGACAUCGAGAAUCCAAAAUAUGUCGAACCGAAACGAGAUAUUAGCCAGGAGUCGGGACAGGUACCACCCUUAAAUCCCAAAGACUCCAUCAGCAUAACACAGACCGAUGAAAAUGGGCGUGCAGGUAUAUGGACAUAUGUAGUCCAGCAGGCCUCUCUAUGGCGCGAGGUUCGAGGGUAUGUCGCGCAAUGUGCGGAUGGCCAUCCGAAGCCACCAUGGUCACCAGAAUCUGGAUACACAGUGAUUGGGGCACAUUUGAUGAAUCUUGAAACUAGUUUCCCGACGCAUCAUCGAUAUGAUGCAGUGAAAUUCCUUGAUCGAUCCACAACAGAGCUGCAGCAGAAUCGCGAUUACUGGAGUCCGUGGUUACGGAUUCAAUUUGUCUAUCACGCUAUUCACAGCAUGCUCAACCACCCAUUUUUGUAUUCUUCGCGUCCUCAUCAAUCGGUGCAAAUGUCUGUGCCGAAUACAUUCUGGAAAACGUCAUCCGAGCAAGCAUUAUUACAUUCCACAUGGACUGUUCGGCUGAUAGAUAUGGUCUGGGAGAAAGACUACCGAGUUUCCGAUCCAUUUUUGGGGUAUUGUGCUGCUGUUGCUGCAACAACACAUAUAUACUACUGUCGAGCAUCGGAUAUCCGCGUGAGAACUUCUGCACAAUCAAAACUCGGCAAAUGCAUGCGAUUCGUUGAUGAAUUGGGCACGGUGUGGCCGGUCUGCCAGGCGAUGUAUGAUAAACUUGAUUCUCUUGUGCAGUCAGCACUCAAUUCAGAAUCACAAAAAGACAACGAAAGCUCCGUACAGCGGACAGUUUCCAUCAACACCGGGCUGAUGUGGGAUAUUCUUGACCACGCCUGUGGAAAGUCUACUCCUGGGUCAAGCGGACGAGGGCUUUUUGAUCCCAGUUUUGUUCAAGACAAGUCCCCUUCAAGAGUAAGACUUGAGAAGAGAACGAAGCGGGAUGGUCAAGACCAACAAUCUGACGGUAGCGAUACCGACGACGUUGUCGAGACGCAGAUCUUUCAUCAUCCCAAUCCUGCGACUGAUAUUGACACUUCGAAUGGAGGCCAAGAAUUUCCUCCUUACUCUGGUGCCUCUGCACGCCGCAUCCGUAGUCAGAGCAAUGUCAAUCAACAUGUGACUCCGAACGUAGAGAGAAGCACCCAUUCUGCACCAGCCACCGAGCGGGUUGUUGUCAAUCAGAACCAGCAAGAGGAACAACAGGACACAUCUGCUAUGAUAACUUGGCCAGCUGACGAUAUGUGGAUGAGCGCAUCAAUGAUAAAUGUGAGCCAGGACCCCUUUCUUCGGUUUCAGGAUCAUGACAUACCGUGGACUGGAUCAUGGGAUGUUGGAAAUCUAUGA